AUAAGUGUAUAUGCAUGCACAGCUCCACUAUCAAGUGCACAGUCACACACAUGCACCCACCAGUACCAGUACAAACUCGAUCAAGAUGUAUUACACACACACACACACACACAGUGCAUAAGUUAUAAUGGGAUAUGCAUAUGGCAUGCACUCAUGCAGUGGCUGCUUUGUGUGUGUGUGUGUACCCAUACAAGUACAGUGCCAGUAGCACCAUCUCAUGUGCUAUGCAUACAUUGUAAACACCCAAGUCACAAACACAAAUACACACACAGUACAUCCUAUGUACAAUGUUCCAAGGCAAUGCCAGGACAGGACAAUCAGACUCCUUUGUAUAUAGGGUACAGAUCUGAUUUCCCCUCACUUUUCACUGAGCUAGCUGCCAGAUAGUGCAUUUUCUCUUGAAUUAUCAUCUGUAACAGCUAGUAAAUUAAAAGCAAGGUGCAUUAAUGCUGCAAGAUCUUCCAUUUGGGGCCUAUACAGCUCAGAAACCUAGCUGUGCAGAGUAAGAAUUACCAACAGACUAAUAUCUCAAAGCUGAUCAAGGAGCUGAACUAGACCACCAUGUCCUCCACAUUCUUCUUGGUCCAGUGGAUGCCAGGACCCUGCACAGAGCCAGGAACCGGUAAAGAAUUCAGCAUCAUCGGCUUGGAAGACAUCAAGGAGGACUAUCGCUAUGCACUGGAGAAUGGACGUAUCACCAUGGCAACGUAUCGCUUUAGGAAUGGUACCAACGUGGGCACCAUGCAUCGCUUGUGCAAGAUUCUUGGAUCAGCAGGAGACAAGUCUCCCUUGGAAGUAGAAAUGAUGGCAGUUAUGAACAGCGGUGAGGAUGGGAGUGCAGUCUAUACCAUCGAGGAUGAAAAGCCAAACCAUCUGACCCUGAGGAAGCAGUCCUGCUCCAGGCCUCCACCAUGGGAGGUGGAGAAAGAGAUGCUCACCUUGCUGGAGGAGAAUCACAAGGUCAGAAGAGAGAAUGAAGCACUUAGAACAAAGCUCACCAAAGCAGUCGAUGUGGGUGACCUGAAGAACAUCUUGGAAACAACUAUACUCAACAUUCAGCAGAAACAGAUCGUUCAACCAUCACUUGAUGAGCAGCCUUCCUCGAGUCAAGCAUCCCAACCUAUAAUUGAAACUCUAUCCUUGCCUCAGAGUAUGGACAUGAGCUCCCAACCGCAACUCUCUAACCCAGUUGCCAAUGGUCACACCAUGUCAGCACAAAGGUUCUCCAUGUCACCACCAGGGACUCAGAGACAACCCGUGAGCAGACGGACCCAAUCCAUGAACCCCAUGAGCCACCAGCUACCACGAACUUCAUCCGCCCCUACUGCCCCGUCCCACAGUCAGUCUAGAGUACCAGAGUCAGAGUUGGACAACCCUUACAUCGUCAGAGUCCAGUCACUAGCCGAGCCAACACCAGCAACACCUCCAGCACUACCACCACCAGCGCCACACCCUGUAGGUAUCAGGCCAGCUGUAACGACUGCUUCCAUCAACCAAAUAGAUCGGGGGUACAUGCGGCCUUCACCUCAGAGUAACCAGCGGAAGAGCGGUGUGAGACAGAGGCAGAUCAAGACCCCGCAGUGGCAGUCUAGCUAUAUUUCUGAUGGUAUCACAGAGCGCCUCAGGAUUGGACGAAGUGGAAAAGACCAAACAUCCUCAAUAAGUGCUAAUAAUCUCGCAGGCAUUCCAACAACAUCCGAGCAACGCGUACACACUAUUCAGAUGAAGGGUGCAGCUCAACGAAGCGUAUUAAAACUAGAUGAUGUUGAUGGUGAUAAGCUGAUUGAACUGGUUCCGGGAUUGGGCAUCUGGUUGCCAAGGAAACAUCUCAAACUGUGUCAGAGGACCAAAGGGUACAGCCAGUACACCAGAAAGCUUGUCAUGCUCCUAUUCAACAUGAAAGAACUUAGCACCAGCUCCGUUACCGGCUUCAAGGCCACGGGAAAGGGCAGUGAGAAUGCCAUAGCACGCCCAGCUCUAGACCCAAAGAGAGUCCAAGCAAUUAUAACUGCUGUUCAGAAGCGCUUCCCUGCAGCUUCACCUUUCAAAGUCAAACAGGUCAUGAGUCAAAAGCUUAUGGAUAUUCGCAAGACAGUCCGGAACAAGCAACUCAAGAAUGCCACAUGGAAGCAGAGAGGAAGCAGAGUAGUGCUGUGCAGCGCCUGAUGGUUGCUCUCACAGGCUCUCCCCUUUUUCCUGAUUUUCACACUUGAAUUGUCAAUUUCAUCGAGUGAUUUUUAUAUCAGAUGGAAGGGAAUAUCCCAUAGACAAAAACUAUGGAUACAGCUGUAACGAAGAAGUUUGCAAUCUCCUUCAAUUUUUGCUUGAUUUUGGUUGUGAUUUUGUUCCAGAGUACUCAAUUUCUACAUUGGACUUCUACAUACAGCUAUUCAUCAUCAUCAUCUUCAAUCCAGCCCGUUGGACCCUUUCAGACUAUCUAUCCAACCAAGCCUUUCACUGGAGAGACAGAUUAUGCCAGCCCUUCUUUUGAUACUUUUGUUGCUAAUCUUCACUCCUUUGAUUUGAAACCAAAGUCAUUGCGUUCAGGCAUGACAUUGGGUCUGAGACUAAUCCAGUACUCAGCGUUGUAUCUUCAUGGAUUGUGUCCCUAUUACUACCCUGAGGACGAAUGUAGUUUAGACAGUGACGUCUGCUUCAGUUUACAGUCCUUAAAUAAACAACUCCAGAAUGCCACAUGGAAGCAGAGAGGAUUGCAUCAUGGGUUACUCUAAGAGAGAUCAGUAUUACUGUAGAUGUCUGAGAAACAUUCAAAUUCCUGAAUUUCGAAAAAUACAAGGGGUCAGAGAAAGAUGUUCGUAGGACAGUCCGGAACAAAAAACUCCAGAAUGCCACAUGGAAAUGGAGAGGACUGCGCCAUAGGUCACUCUAAGAGAAACCUGUAAUAUAUGCAACUGUGUGAGGAACAUUUAACCCAUUGCAUACAGGAACCGUUUUGAUCCUGUAUAGAGUCUAUGGGACUGAGAGAAUUUAGCUGUCAUCAGGUUCAUGCAAGAGCACUUGUUCGUAGGACAAUCAAAGGAAUCAGAGAAAAGAUAAUCUGUACAGAUUUAACUUGUUUGAGUUUGUGAAACUGCAUAAGAAAUAAAGGCAGUAUGGCCGUCAUGUAUCUGUAUUGAGAUGAUGCAUUUACAUGUACAGGUACAUGUACUUGUACAAUGUGUUCAUGUUGAGGUUGAUGGGUUAAUCUGACCAGUUUUACAAAAUUUGUAGCUGAAAAGCAUGAUAAACAUGGAGUCUGGAACUAUGUCUUAGUGUAAUAAUAAAUGAGUAAUAAUAAAAAUGGUGCCUGUAAAGCGCUUUCCACCAAAGUCUCUAAGCGCUAAUAACAAACAAAAUGCAGUGACAAACAAUUCUAAUUAAACAAAAAAAUUACAAAUAAACCUACAAAUUAUAAUAAUUUCUGUAAUGCUCAUCAUGCAAUCAAGUCAAACAACUCAUUUUGUUUGGCAGCUCCAUCAUUUAUUCAGUCUUAAACAUUUCAUUUAAUCAUGCUUGACUUUGUAAAUGUUCAUUAUCUGUUCUAACCAGAGUUCUAGAUUAAACUUAUUAUGUACUGCUCAAAUUUAUGAAAAUUCACUCGACUAACCAUAAUCAAAUAAGCUACCUAACCAAUUGUCCACUGUUACUGCCAAUGUGUACAACACUGCAGUAGUUCUGAUCAUGCUGUAGGAGGAUAGAUUGUUUGGUUGGAGAGUAGUCAGUUCACUGCCAUGCCAUGAGCUAGCUGUGCCAUUUUGGUGUUUUAUUUAUUACAUGUACAGCACAAAGGCUGAUGUUGUUUAGAACUUAGCCUAUUGAUACAUGAACUACUCUUUUUAUAAAUGUGAAUAUUGCGAUCAGAAGUGAACCCGAAGUGCUAUUUCAUCAAUUGGUGCAGAAGUUAUUUUCAAAUGCUGUGCAUCGUUUCAUGACAUCCCAC